AGGAGAAAGGAAGGAAGGGGAGCCAGAGGUGGGAGUGGAAGAGGCAGCCUCGCCCGGGGCUGAUUGGCUCCCGAGGCCAGCCCUCGCCAGCGGUUUAUAAGAGUUGGGGUAGCCGGGCGCCCUGCCCGCUCGCCCGCGCGCCCCCCGAGCUGCGCCCGGCUCCGAGCGCCCCACGUCGAGGCCCGUCUGGCCCCGCGCCGGCUCCGCGCCGUCUUUGGAGUUGGUGGCGGGCAGAGGCAAGGGAGGGCGCCAGCCAGGGAGGCGAGCGCCGCAGCCAGCCGGCCGAGCGCCAUGCGCCGCGCCAGCCGAGACUACACCAAGUACCUGCGCGGCUCGGAGGAGAUGGGCAGCGGCGGCUCGGGCGCCCCGCACGAGGGCCCCCUGCACGCGCCCCCGCCGCCCGCGCCGCCCGCGCCGCACCAGCCCGCCGCCGCCGCCUCCCGCUCCAUGUUCGUGGCCUUCCUGGGACUGGGGCUGGGCCAGGUGGUCUGCAGCGUCGCCCUGUUCCUCUACUUCAGAGCUCAGAUGGAUCCUAAUAGAAUAUCCGAAGAUGAUACUCACUGCAUUAAUAGAAUUUUCAAACUCCACGAAAACCCAGAUUUGCAAGACACAACUCUGGAGAGUCAAGACACAAAAUUAAUACCUGAUUCGUGUAAGAGCAUUAAACAGGCCUUCCGAGCAGCUGUACAAAAGGAGUUACAACAUAUUAGAUCACAGCACAUCAGAGCAGAGAAAGCUAUGAUGGAAGGUUCAUGGUUAGAACUGGCCAGGAGGGGCAAGCCUCAUACUCAGCCUUUUGCUCAUCUCACUAUUAAUGCCACUGACAUCCCAUCAGGUUCCCACAAAGUGAGUUUGUCCUCCUGGUACCAUGACCGAGGUUGGGCCAAGAUCUCCAACAUGACUUUCAGCAAUGGAAAACUAAUAGUCAACCAAGAUGGCUUCUAUUUCCUGUAUGCCAACAUCUGCUUUCGACAUCAUGAAACUUCAGGAGACCUCGCCACAGAGUAUCUUCAGCUGAUGGUGUAUGUCACUAAAACCAGCAUCAAAAUCCCAAGUUCUCAUACCCUGAUGAAAGGAGGUAGCACCAAAUACUGGUCAGGGAACUCUGAAUUCCAUUUUUAUUCCAUAAAUGUUGGAGGAUUUUUUAAGCUACGAUCUGGUGAGGAAAUAAGCAUCGAGGUAUCCAACCCUUCACUAUUGGAUCCAGAUCAAGAUGCCACAUACUUUGGGGCUUUUAAAGUUCUAGAUCUAGAUUGAGUCCCAUUAAAAGGCUAAGACUAGAUAUAGAUUGAGUCCCAUAUUGUGGAGCAUUAUUCUGUAUUUCCUAGGAUGUAUGGGGAAAAGUUCUAAACAAGCCAAGAAAGAUGUAUAUAGAUGUGAGACUACUAAGGGGUAUGACCCACAAUGGUACAAGGAGACUCUUUCCAUGCUUUUGACUCUGUCGUGAGCAUGUGUAUCUACCGCCAAUGGGAGACGUUGGAGUAAAGAUUGUUACAGUCUAAAGACUUUCUUACAUAAUGGCUUUUAAAUUUUGUAAUGAAUUCCUAAAAUUAUACCAGAUUAGCCUGUGGUUAUGUGCUUCAUGUGGGGAGGGGGUCGUCUAAUUGCCAACUGAUGACCAUCUGAAGGGUUAAGUUCCUUUGAAUGGUUACAUCAUGCUGGAACCUUCAAAUAAAUACUUUUUCUAACGAGGAGAGAAAAUAUAUGUAUUUUUAUAUAAUAUCUAAAGUUAUAUUUCAGAUGUAAUGUUUUCUGUGCAAAGUAUUGUAAAUUAUAUUUGUGCCAUAGUAUUUGAUUCAAAAUAUUUAAAAAUGUCUUGCUGUUGACAUAUUUAAUGUUUUAAAUGUACAUACAUAUUUAACUGGUGCACUUUGUAAAUCCCCUGGGGAAAACUUGCAGCUAAAGGGAAAAAAAUGUUGUUUGGUAAUAUCAACUGUAUUAUACUUCUUUACUCUUUUUAACUUAAUAGAUUUUUCAGACUUGUCAAGUCUGUGCAAAAAAAAAUUAAAAUGGCUGCCUUGAAUAAUAAGCAGGAUGUUGGCCACCAGGUGCCUUUCAAAUUUAGAAGCUAAUUGACUUUAGAAAGCUGACAUUGCCAAAAAGUAUACAUAAUGGGCUACUGGAAUCUGUCAAGAGUAUUUAUAUAAUUAUUGAACAGGUGUUUUUUUUCUACAAGUGCUGCAAAUUGUAAAUUUUGUGUUGGGUUUUUUUUUAUGGAAAAGUUAUCAGUGGCUUACUAGCAAAAAAAAAUCCCAUUUUUAAUGUGGUAGAUGAUAUUUUAUACUGUACAGUAAAAACAUUGCCUUUGAAUGUUAAUUUUUUUGGUACAAAAAUAAAUUUAUAUGAAGA